UAAUACGCACUAGCUAGAGAGAGAGAGAGAGAGAGAAGGAGAGAGGAGAGAGAGUACAGACAGGGCCGGCUGAAAUACAUUUCCCGUUUUCUCAUGGCACGCGUCGCGCCGUUUGAGCUGAAUCUUGGCUCCAAUGCACCGAAACCCUCGCGCCAUUACACGCUUCAUUCGAGGCCGAUUAUUUUAGGAAACCCUCGUUUCUUGUCCGAAUCGCGAAUUCAAAAGAAAUGCCGGUUAAGCCUUUCGCUGGCGGGAGGGUUUCUAAAACUGCAUGCAAGGAGCGCGAUUCCAUUUUUGGAGGAUGAGAAGGGAAAGGGAAAGGGGCGGGGAUACAGUGCGGUGAGGUGCAGGGCGGGGGCGGAGGGGUUGGAUACGUCGCUCUUUGUGGACGGCGGAGAAGGCGGCGGUCUCAUGGCGGCGGAGAGGUACAAAGUGGUGGCGCUGGUGGCCGCCGUCAUGUGCCUCUGUAACGCCGACAGAGUUGUGAUGUCUGUCGCCGUAGUUCCUCUUGCUGCCAAACAUGGAUGGAGCACUUCUUUCCUCGGCAUUGUCCAGUCAUCUUUCCUAUGGGGAUAUGUGUUUUCGUCAGUUGUUGGGGGAGCUUUGGUAGACCGAUACGGUGGUAAAAAAGUUAUUGCAUGGGGUGCAGCUCUAUGGUCGUUGGCAACUCUCCUAACUCCAUGGGCCGCAAAUCAUUCCACAACCAGCCUUUUGGCUGUUCGAGCUUUCUUUGGACUCGCUGAAGGUGUAGCUCUACCUUCAAUGAAUAACCUGUUGUCGAGGUGGUUUCCGAACCAUGAAAGAGCUACUGCUGUUGGAAUAUCCAUGGGAGGAUUUCAGCUCGGUAAUGUGAUGGGAUUGGUCAUUACUCCCAUGGUGAUGGCGUCACUCGGGAUUUCUGGUCCUUUCAUCCUCUUCACUUCACUGGGGCUUCUCUGGUUAAUUACAUUUACUUUUCGGGUCGCUAACGACCCCCAAGAAUGUGGAUAUAUAAGUAAAUCAGAAUUGCGCCUAAUCCAAUUUGGGAAAUCCGAUACUAAUGCGAUCAAAAGCAAGUUCCCACCUCUAAGACUGCUCUUGUCAAAAUUGCCAUCUUGGGCAAUAAUCUUGGCCAAUAUCACGAAUAACUGGGGCUACUUUGUUCUUCUAACAUGGAUGCCUGUUUAUUUUAAGACCGUGUUUGAUGUGAACCUGAAGCAAGCCGCCUGGUUCAGCGCAGUUCCGUGGGGAACAAUGGCAAUAUCCGGAUAUGUUGCCGGGGCAGCAUCGGAUCACUUGAUCAAACUGGGCUACUCCAUAACAUCGACGAGGAAAAUCAUGCAGUCCAUUGGUUUCAUCGGACCUGGGGUUGCGCUACUUUGCUUAAACUAUGUCAAGACGCCAACCGUAGCAGCCGUAUUUUUAACUAUAGCCCUGAGUUUGAGCUCCUUCAGCCAGGCAGGAUUUUUACUGAACAUGCAAGAUAUUGCACCACAAUAUGCAGGAUUUCUCCAUGGGAUUUCCAACUCGGCCGGAACAGUGGCAGCGAUAGUAAGCACAAUCGGAACAGGGUUCUUCGUGCAAUGGCUAGGAUCCUUCCAGGCAUUCCUAACUCUCACAGCAUACCUCUAUUUUGCAACGGCCAUAUUUUGGAACUUGUAUGCUACUGGAGAAACAAUCUUUUAGCUUUAGGUUAUAUAUGAAAUUUGACAAGGCACAAAUCAAACGGUUUUUCCGCUUCUCCAGAGUUGUAUUUUUCUGUAGGGAUGGAUUAGCUGCAACAAUAUAUGUCCUUAUUCCAUUUCGUCUUUUGGCACUCUUUUUCAAAUGGAAAAAGUUUGUGUAACAUCGUCAUCUUCGUAAUAAUAAUCUAUAUAUUAUGUAUUUGAGCUCA